UUCAUAUGAUGUCAGUCAGAGGAUAAUCAGAAGUAUCACAGAGGUGAUAACAGUUUGUGUUCAGGAUGAUUUGUACUAAGGUGUCCUCCAUUUGAAUUAGGAUUGUAGGUUUCAUCUCAUUGUGGAUAUCACUUACAGUCUAUGGAGUUGAUGAAAACUGCUAACAUGUCAUAUGAAAAGUCUUGGAGAAGAAAACCUUUGAACACUGUAACAUUUCUGAUAAUCAUGAUGAAUGUCUUCAGUGUUCUUAGCAUCACAUGUCAUCCUGCAGAGUACUUAGUUUACCAAGAAUGCUGUCCUAUGUGUCCUCCUGGAAGUCGAGUUAAAACAGAUUGUACAGAAUUCAGAAGUACAACCUGUCUGUCCUGCAUUACUGGAAGCUUCAUGGAUGAACCAACAGGACGUAAACAGUGCUUCCCCUGUACAAACUGUGAUUCAGGUUCUGGUUUGAGGAUAAAGACAUCAUGCACAAGAACAUCAGAUGCAGUUUGUGAACCUCUGGAUGGAUUCUAUUGUACAGACUCUGAUAAAGACAACAAACACAACUGUAUAGCAGCACAGGAACACACAAGCUGUGAACCAGGACAAUAUAUCAGCCACAAAGGAACGGCCUUCACAGACACUGAGUGCACUGACUGCAGUAGUGACACAUUUUCAGAUGGGACAUCUACAUCUUGUCAGUCACAUACAAAAUGUGAUUCACUAAAUCUUCAGCUGAUAAAACCAGGAACUGCUUCAACUGAUGCACAAUGUGGAGAACAUAGUUCAAACACAACAGUAAUUGCGGGUUGUGAAGAAUAACGUUCAAAUACAAAAAUAACUGUGAGCUCUGUCAUUGUUGUGGCACUUUUUUCGCUGUAAUAAGAUCAUCUCUACAACAUUCAUUUUUCUAUCUCAGAAAAAACUGCUUAGAAACUCAGGUAAGAUUUGUAUGAAUUGAACACAUCAUAGUUCUGUAAGAUGAUCAUACUUUUUGUCACAUCAUAAUGUUAUUAAGAUGAUUUACUCAUUGAUAUUGUUUUAAUAUAGAAGAUAGAAGAAACAGUGCAGAUACUUUCCAAGAACUUGAAAUCAGUCAGCCAUGAUGUUCCCCUGACAGCACUGUCCAGGAUACUGGAGCCUGUCCUCAGACACACUGGAUGAGUCAGCUCACACACUAACCUGUCACCAGUCUAUCACAGAGCUAACACAUACAGAGCAGCUGCAUGUGUCAACAAAAAGAAAUACAAAAAAUGCCAUUUCAUUGUAUAUGUUGUUGAUCUUCGUAGCCUAUGCAUGAGGAAAAAGCAUGUCUGCCUGCAGUCACUAAGUCUAAUGAAAGGCACCAAAUUACUCCCAACAGACUUUAACUCCCACCAUGCUCUGCUCAAUUUAUACCUAGGUGUAAAAAUCCAGCAGUCAAACUCUUGGCUCCCAUUGGAUGAGACAAGCUUGAAACUCCCAGUGAUUUUCCUUCCUGGCUGUGAUGUCACAGACAGUCUAAACACUUGAGGUACUCCUCAAAGUGCACCUUCAGCUGUUCACAGGGCUGUGAGGAAGUGACCACUAUUACAUACAUUAACUGUAACCAGGUCACACAAUUUGCUUCGUGUUCAACCGAGCAGUUUACCAGGGUUCAAAGAAGACAUCUACUGUACACCAAUAGAUGAUAUUCAUGUAUUCAUACAUUAAUAAUCAGUAUUCUGACAAGCUUCUCCUCAGUUUCUCUGUCUUUGCCUUCAGGCUGCAGAGGAUCUUCUUCACGUCACCGGCCUGAAGUUAUUAUUUCUGUUUAAAUUAAUCAAGACAAUAAUGAAUGAACUGAUAAAGAAAAUGAAUAAAAAUACAUUUGAUGAUUUCAUUA